AUUUUAUUUCGUUAAAUUGUCCAGAAUGAAUAGUCCAUUCCAGUAAAGCUUCCUGGGAAGCAGCUUGUCUCAAGCCCAGAAAGAAGUCUGAGAAGUGAGACAUGAAGUUCAAAAUGUGUUUAGAGAUCAUUGAUCAUCAUGGUACUUAGUAUUGUAACAUUUCCUGAGAACAGCUGAAGAGAAUUUGACGGGAGUGCUGAACUUGUGCAGGAUAUCUAUCACAGACCUAAGAUUCCAGGUAUGGAAGAAGCUGAGAAGAAAGAUGAAAAAGGGAUUGAAGAAGGUUUGGUUCCUGAACAGAUUGUAGGAGCAGCACAAACAAAUGGGCAGCUUUGUUUUGUGAUCAAGUGGAAGGACAAAGAUGAUGCAGAAAUUAUGCCUGCAGCAGUGGCAAAUGAGAAGUUCCCAGAACUUGUGAUCAGAUUUUAUGAGGAAAGAAUAGAGUGGGUCAGUGCAAGAAAGCCAGCAGUUCCUCCUUCCUAGUGUUUAUGGAUAAUGUCUUGCAGUUUGUCUCCCCUGAGAAUUAUUAUUAGUGUGUGCCCUUUUGCUAUUUGCAAUUAAAUCAAUUUUCUUAAGUAUCUAAACUGGCAGACAGGUU